UGGCUGCCGAUUCUCCUAAAUGAACGUCUUCAAACUGGAUCCUACUGUCUCCCAGUUGCCUUGGAAAAACUGCCAUCCAACUACUUCAUGCAUUCUGCUGAGAAAGUCCCUCUACAGAAUCCUCCCAUUAAGUGGGCCGAGGGCCAUAAGGGAGUAUUUAAUAUUGAAGUGCAAGCUGUUUCUUCCGUUCACACCCAGGCUCAGGACUCAUUGCAGAAGAGGAGGAAGAAAGAUUCCAAUUUCUCCCAGUUUGCCUUCGAGUCCGUGGUGGCCAUUGCCAACAGUCUGCACAACAGCAAGGACCUGAGCAAGGACCAGCACGGGAGGAACUGCCUGCUGGCAUCCUAUGUGCACUACGCCUUCCGGCUGCCUGAGCUGCACAGGGACAUGCACAAAUCAGGUGGUCCUGCUGCCACCCAGGAUCCCCGCUACCACACGUAUGGAUGCACAUCUGCUGCCACCGUGAGUUCAAAGCUGAUGCAGGCCCGAGUGAUGAGUAGCAGCAAUCCAGACCUGGCGGGGACACACUGUGCAGCAGACGAGGAAGUUAAGAACAUCAUGUCUUCAAAGGUUGCUGAUCGCAACUGCAGCCGGAUGUCUUACUAUUGCUCUGGCAAUAAUGAUGCUCCAGGUUCAACUGCAGCCCCCAGGCCAGCCAACAAAAAGCAUUUUCAUGAGGAGCUUGCCCUGCAGAUGGUGGUCAGCACUGGAAUGGUGAGAGAAACGGUCUUCAAGUACGCCUGGUUCUUCUCCGAACUUCUGGUGAAAAGCAUGGCCCAGUAUGUGCAUAACCUGGACAAACGUGACAGUUUUCGGAAGACUCGCUUUUCUGACCGCUUCAAAGAUGACAUAACUACCAUUGUUAAUGUGGUUACCUCAGAGAUUGCAGCCCUUUUAGUGAAACCUCAGAAGGAAAGUGAACAGGCAGAAAAGAUCAACAUCAGCCUUGCUUUCUUCUUAUACGACCUCCUCUCACUCAUGGACCGCAGCUUUGUGUUCAACCUCAUCAAACAUUACUGCAACCAGCUAUCAGCCAAGCUUAAUAACCUUCCAACGCUCAUUUCCAUGAGGCUGGAGUUCCUGAGGAUCCUCUGCAGCCACGAACAUUACCUCAACCUCAACCUCUUCUUCUUGAACACUGAUACUGCACCCGUGUCUCCCUGUCCCUCCAUAUCCUCCCAGAACUCAAGCUCCUGUUCCAGUUUCCAGGACCAAAAGAUUGCCAGCAUGUUCGAUCUGACCCCAGAGUACCGCCAGCAGCACUUUCUCACGGGGCUCCUCUUCACAGAACUGGCUGUCGCCCUGGAUUCUGAAGGGGAUGGAAUCAGCAGAGUGCAGAGGAAAGCCGUAAGCGCCAUCCACAGUCUGCUGAGUUCCCACGAUCUGGAUCCACGGUGUGUCAAAUCAGAGGUGAAGGUCAAAAUCGCCACCCUUUACCUGCCUUUGGUUGGCAUCAUCCUGGAUGCUUUGCCACAGCUCUAUGACUUUACAGCUGCAGAUGCUCGAAGUGGGAAGAGCCGCAGCAGUGGCUCGUAUGAAGAACAAGAUGUGACCAGUGGAAUCAACCAGAAUGUGGCCCUGGCCAUAGCAGGGAAUCAUUUUAACUUGAAGACAAGUGGAUCAUUGUUGUCUUCCUUGCCCUAUAAGCAGUACAACAUGCUGAACGCAGAUACCACCCGCAACCUCAUGAUCUGCUUCCUCUGGAUCAUGAAAAAUGCCGAUCAGAGCCUCAUUAGGAAGUGGAUUGCUGACCUACCUUCCAUGCAACUGAACAGGAUUCUAGACCUGCUUUUCAUCUGUGUCUCCUGUUUCGAGUACAAGGGAAAGCAGAGUUCUGACAAAGUCAGUAACCAAGUGCUGCAGAAGUCGAGGGAUGUCAAAGCCAGACUGGAAGAGGCCCUGCUCCGUGGAGAAGGGGCCCGAGGGGAGAUGAUGCGCCGUCGUACUCCAGGGAAUGACCGAUUUCCAGGCCUAAAUGAAAAUUUGAGAUGGAGGAAAGAGCAGACACAUUUGUGGCAAGCUAAUGAGAAGCUAGAUAAAACAAAGGCAGAAUUAGAUCAAGAAGCCUUGAUUAGUGGCAAUUUGGCUACAGAAGCAAAUUUAAUCAUCCUGGAUAUGCAGGAAAACAUUAUCCAGGCAAGUUCAGCCCUGGACUGUAAAGACAGCCUGCUGGGAGGUGUCCUGCGAGUCCUGGUGAAUUCUCUGAGCUGUGAUCAGAGCACCACCUACCUGACUCACUGCUUUGCAACACUUCGAGCCCUCAUUGCCAAGUUCAGAGACUUGUUGUUUGAGGAGGAGGUGGAGCAGUGUGCGGACCUGUGUCAGCGAGUGCUGCACCACUGCAGCAGCAGCAUAGACGUCACGCGGAGCCAAGCCUGUGCCACCCUCUACCUCCUCAUGCGCUUCAGUUUUGGAGCCACCAGUAACCUCGCGAGAGUAAAGAUGCAAGUAACCAUAUCUCUGGCAUCUUUGGUGGGCAAAGCACCAGACUUUAAUGAAGAGCACCUGAGAAGAUCCUUGAGGACAGUUCUAGCCUAUUCAGAAGAGGACACGGCCAUGCAGACCACUCCUUUUCCCAUCCAGGUGGAGGAACUUCUCUGCAAUCUGAAUAGCAUUUUAUAUGACACUGUGAAAAUGAGGGAAUUUCAGGAAGAUCCUGAGAUGCUCAUGGAUCUCAUGUACAGAAUUGCCAAGAGCUACCAGGCGUCUCCUGACCUGCGGCUGACCUGGCUCCAGAACAUGGCAGAGAAGCACACGAAGAGGAAGUGCUUCACAGAGGCCGCCAUGUGCCUCGUGCACGCGGCUGCCUUGGUGGCUGAGUAUCUGAGCAUGCUGGAGGACCACAGCUACCUGCCGGUGGGCAGCGUCAGCUUUCAGAAUAUUUCUUCUAACAUCCUGGAGGAGUCUGCCGUCUCUGAUGAUACCUUGUCACCCGAUGAGGACAGAGUGUGCUCUGGUCAGUACUUUACAGAGAGUGGACUUGUGGGCCUCCUGGAACAGGCUGCAGAGCUCUUCAGCACGGGAGGCUUGUAUGAGACGGUUAAUGAGGUCUACAAGCUGGUCAUCCCCAUCCUGGAAGCGCAUCGGGACUUCCGGAAGCUGGCCUCUACACACGACAAGCUGCAGAAGGCCUUUGACCACAUCAUCAACAAGGAUCAUAAGAGGAUGUUUGGAACUUACUUCCGAGUUGGUUUCUAUGGUUCCAAAUUUGGGGAUUUGGAUGAGCAAGAAUUUGUUUACAAGGAGCCUGCAAUUACUAAGCUUCCCGAGAUCUCACAUAGACUAGAGGGAUUUUAUGGUCAGUGUUUUGGUACAGAAUUUGUGGAAGUGAUAAAAGACUCCACUCCUGUGGACAAAACCAAACUGGAUCCCAACAAGGGACCCCUGGAGGUAGCCCAAGUGUUCUUGGCUGAAAUUCCAGCUGAUCCAAAGUUCUAUCGACAUCACAAUAAGCUGAGGUUAUGCUUUAAGGAAUUCAUAAUGCGAUGUGGUGAGGCUGUGGAGAAGAACAAGCGGCUCAUCACAGCAGAGCAGAGGGAGUACCAGCAGGAACUCAAGAAGAACUACAACAAGCUGAGGGAGAGCCUCAGGCCUAUGAUAGAGAGGAAAAUUCCAGAGCUCUACAAACCCAUCUUCAGGGCUGACAGUCAGAAGAGAGACUCCUUCCACAGAUCUAGUUUCAGGAAAUGUGAAACUCAAUUGUCACAGGGGAGCUAAGAAAAGCCACUUUUGCCUAUGGUGACUGAGGCUCUGCCACUCGGAGAAGGACUCGCUGGUUCUUCAAACACAGGACGGCAGCCACCCAGGACUGACCACACAUUCCCUGUUCAGCCAGCACUCUGGAAACUUUGGGGGUCAGAACUAUGGAAUGACAUCCAAAUGCACUCCAGCCUGAUCUUGGUUACAUGGGGGAGGGGGUUGGUAAUCAGAAGUGACUGUAUUUAUUAAAGUCGUUUUUCACAAUGCUGUACAAAGCAAAGCCUAAGCUAUUUAUGCUGAGUCGUUGCUCAGUUCCACCCUCUGGCCUAUGUUUGAAUAUAUAGGAUUAACUCAAAUUGUGCAAGGAAGAAUGAAAUUGUCCAGCAGCUAGUCCAAAGGAAGCUGGCCCUUAUGGGAAGGGAAGACAAACUCUAGGAACGUGCCACGGUUUUCAGUACUGUAUGAAAAGAAGCCUUCCUGGCAGCCUCCUGACAGCUGGAAAUCUGCAAAUAGAUUAUUGGAUAACUUGUUAUCUUUUAAUCCUUCUGGUUUCCUGGACUGUUGUUGCUUCUGCUUCAUUGUAACGGUUGUGCUGAGCCAGCACACCCUUACAGCAGACACCUGCGGCCCGGCCUAGGAGACAGUCCAUGUCACUCAGCCACAUUCGCUGACACCACAUUCACAUUCACACCAGAAGCAACUCCCCUACACCUUCUGCUGGUUUUCUGUAUGCUGGCUCUCACUACCCUCUUUUUCUUCUAAGACAAAGUGCAUUUUUAUAAAAGGGUAAUGUCUCUGCUUUCAUUUCAGGACAUUGUAUUCUCUGCUACAAAUAUAUUUUGCUUUGAAUUCUUUUGACAAUGUAUUUUAGGAAAAAAGA